AUGGCCUCCACAACCACGAGAUUAUUCUCACAGUCUGUCGUCUACCUCCCUCUACAAUGGUCUCUCCUCCGCCACCUCGCCAAGAUCCUCGAGAAUGGUGGUGCAAAGCUAGCAUCCUCUUACAGGGAGCAGGGUGUGACGAUCAUUACAAUGGUCUUUCCCACUCUUGAAGCGGAUACAUCCAUGACCCGUCUCCUUCUGGCGGAAUACCGCGCCAUUGCCCUCGGUCAAGGGCGCAUAUAUUACCUCCUUUCGCACCAAGGCAAACCCAGCCUCCCCAAUCCCCAGCUUGACAAGUUCAAGCUGAGCCUAGCCGCUCGUAGAGAGUUAAAGCGCAAGUUGGUCAACUCGACACCCGUCGCAGCCGCGAAACCCCGCCGCAAACGUAUCGAUGUGCUCGACGACACUACAGCGCCCUCCUCCCGCCGUCCAAAGAUUUCAAUGCCUAUGGCAAAAGCUCUGAACACAUGGUAUACUGAGGAGGAGAAGCACACCAAGAAGAAGCCCCGCACAAUUUCUCCCCUCACCCCACGGCGCCCCACCCUCUCCGUCACGAUGCCGCCACCCGCCACGCCAUCUCACCCGUCACCGUUGGCACCCAAAGGAGGACACAUUUACCCACGUCCUUGCGGACACAUAAUCUAUAUCCCCCUGCACUUCUCGAUGUUCAAGUGGGCCGCAGCGCUCAUCGAGAAAUCGGGCGAACGUGUCACCACCUCGUACCGUGACACGACCACGACCAUCAUCUUGUUCGCUUUUCCGACGCUGGACGGCGACGCGGCAACGAGACGUAUCCUUCACCAGGAAUACGCCAACAUUGCCCGUGUGCACAAGGAUGGCAAGGGGCCCAAACUAGUCGCGAUUGAGUGGCUACACUACAUGGUCGCUAGCCAGAUGCUCAACAAAGGGCCCUCACGGGCACAGGUCGAAAAGUUCUUGAUGAGUCCGAUUGAGAGCUUCUUGAGCGCGCUUGCACCUUCGAACACCACAUCCUCCCACCACAAAGCGACGCCGUCAAACAGCGACCGUUCUCACGACAACAAUACCAAUUCUUUGCUUGGUAAAAGGUCCACUGCCAUCACCCAUUCGGAAAUAUCCCACCAGCACCACAAGAAGCAGCCACACACUGCCGUCCCGACCGAGACCUCUCCCAUCCACCUGAACGACGACGGCGACAACACCGCUGAUCCGCUGAGAAACGACAUCGUGGCCGGCUAUCUUGCUUCUUUCUCCGACUGCAACCUUGAAUCCUCAUGUCCUCUCUACAUACCUUUCACCGCCAUGGCAUCCACCCUGAUGCCAUCCAGAUUCGGCAUUUACUUUCGCUUGCAACAGCCGACGUGCGCGUGGCUGGCCAGGUUAAUCGCCGCACGUCACUGCCUUCUCGUCACCAGCUAUGUAUGUACCCACCCUCCUUGA